UUGUGUUAACUUUCCUCUUCGACUUCGAGAUCAACUCGUCUUGGGAGUCGCCGUUGCUCCCGCCCGAUCUCGUGCUCCUCAGCUGGCCGGAGCAACUCCUCGAAUCGUGUUUUUUUUUAUCCCUCCUUCCUCGAUCUGGUGAUUAGAUAUGGCUGGAAUGGUACCAGAAGGAUCACAGUUUGAUGGCCACCAAUAUGAUGCCAAAAUGAGUGAGCCGUUAAAUGCUGAUUGGCAGGAUUUCUUCACAUCGUAUGAUGAGGUCUGUGAAAGCUUUGAUGAUAUGGGUCUCCAAGAGAAUCUUCUUAAAGGCAUUUAUGCCUAUGGUUUGGAGAAGCCCUCGGCAAUUCAGCAAAGAGGAAUAGUUCCUUUCUGCAAGGGACUGGAUGUUAUCCAGCAAGCACAAUCAGGGACAGGGAAAACUGCCACAUUUUGUUCUGGUAUUUUGCAGCAGCUUGAUUAUGGCCUGGUUCAAUGCCAAGCCUUGGUCCUUGCUCCAACUAGAGAGCUAGCUCAGCAAAUUAAGAAGGUCAUGCGAGCACUUGGUGAUUAUAUUGGCGUAAAAGUUCAUGCUUGUGUCGGAGGAACAAGUGUUCAUGACAAUCAGCGUAUUCUUUCAAACGGGGUGCAUGUUGUGGUUGGUACUCCUGGUCGUGUUUUUGAUAUGUUGAGGAGGAAGUCUCUUCGCCCUGAUUAUAUUAAAAUGUUUGUCUUGGAUGAGGCCGACAAAAUGCUUUCACGUGGCUUCGAGGACCAGAUCUAUGACAUCUUCCAGCUACUUCCUUCAAAGAUUCAGAUGGGAGUUUUUUCUGCCACAAUGCCGCCUGAAGCCCUGGAAAUUGCCCGGAAGUUCAUGAACAAACCUGUUAGGAUUCUCAUCAAGCGUGACGAACUCGCCCUCGAGGGUAUCAAACAGUUCCAUGUGGAUGUCAAUAAGGAAGAUUGGAAACUAGAAACCCUCUGUGACCUCGAUGAGACGCUGGCCAUCACGCAUAGUGUCAUCUUCGUCAAUACCCGACGCAAGGUUGACUGGCUUACCGACAAAAUGAGGGCCAGGGAUCACACCGUCUCAGCAACCCACGGUGACAUGGACCAAAACACCAGGGACAUUAUUAUGCGCGAAUUCCGCUCAGGUUCCUCUCGAGUCCUCAUCACAACUGACCUCCUUGCCCGCGGCAUCGACGUCCAGCAAGUCUCCCUAGUCAUAAACUAUGAUCUACCAACGCAACCAGAGAACUACCUCCACAGGAUCGGACGAAGUGGGCGGUUCGGAAGAAAGGGUGUCGCGAUAAACUUUGUUACGACUGAUGACCAGAGGAUGAUGUUUGACAUCCAGAAGUUCUAUAACGUGGUGAUAGAGGAACUGCCUUCAAACGUUGCCAAUUUCAUCUGAGCUCGAGCUACUCAGCGAAGACCUCCAUCAUAAGAAAGCCUGUUUUCCAUUUAAAGUCCUUAUUAAGGUUAUUUAUUUUCAGUGGUAAUAUCUGGAACCUUUCUUUUUUGUUUUCUUUAAUAGUUACUCGAAACAAGUGAUUGGUUAUGCCAUCCAUCCUUCAAAGUUGGAAGAUUUUGACUCCUCGUGUAAGAACUGUUGAAGACUCCGGCGAAGCAAGCCUAACGAAUAACUUCUACUGGGUGAGUUUGCUUAUCAUCGCUUCACACUGCUAUUGUUUAUGGAGCCGAUUUUGUGUAUUUCUGUUCCCUUUAACCCCUGUAAUUAAUGUCAAUGCGAUUAGUUUGACUUGCUUUGAUUAGCCUUUGCCCCCUGUAAUUUAU